AUGAAUUCUUCUAAUUUUUUCAGUGUUCUGGCAGCUUUAGGUUCUUGGAAUAUUCAAUUGAGAAAUAUUUCCGAGCAGAUGGACAGUGGUAUCUGGAAUAUCUUCUCGGGAUCUAAUCCAUAUCAUGCCUCAAAAGAUGCAACCAUUUUUUCAAGUUCAUUGCCGGUGCUUCCCCACCAGAUAUUCAAUCUGAAAGAUGCAGAACAAGGUGUCCGACCAGUUGAUGAUCUCUCUCCCAGCUUGAAGGAGGUGCACCCACUAGAUUGGGAGGGUAAUGAUGCAUUUGAAAUUGAUGAAAACCAUGCCAUUGGAAGCUUGCUUCCUGAUGAUGAAGAUGAACUUCUUGCUGGUAUAAUGGAAAAUUGCGGUCUUGGUCAGUUGCCUCAACAUAUGGAUGACCUUGAGGAGGUUGAUCUUUUUGGCAGUGGUGGUGGAUUGGAAUUGGAGUCGGAUGUGGAGAAUUUAACUCUUUGCGCCUCUAGGGCUGGUCUUUCUGAUGUUGUUGGUAAUGGAAUGAAUCAUUUUGGAGUCACGAAUGGUACUGGAACUGUUUCUGGAGAACAUCCACUUGGAGAGCAUCCUUCUAGAACCCUGUUUGUGCGGAAUAUCAAUAGCAAUGUUGAGGAUUCAGAGCUCAGAAGUCUCUUUGAGCCACAUGGGGAUAUCAGAUCUAUGUACACUGCAUGCAAGCAUAGGGGCUUUGUCAUGAUAUCUUUCUAUGAUAUUCGUGCUGCUCGAAAUGCUAAGCGGUUGUUACAAAAUAAGCUCUUGGGAAGGAGAAAACUGGAUGUUCAUUUUUCCAUACCAAAGGAUAAUCCGUCAGACAAGGAUCUUAACCAAGGAACUUUGGUAGCGUUUAAUUUGGACCCAUCUGUGUCAAAUGAUGACCUCCGGCAAAUAUUUGGGACUUAUGGUGAGGUGAAGGAGAUAAGGGAAACCCCCCACAAGAAACAUCAUAAAUUCAUUGAAUAUUAUGAUAUUAGAGCUGCAGAAGAUGCUCUAAGAUCCUUGAACAGGUGUGACAUAGGUGGAAAACGGAUAAAGCUUGAACCUAGUCGUCCUGGGGGAGCGCGGCGAAAUCUAAUGUUGCACAUGAAUCAAGACAAUGAAGAUGAUGGUCGGAGUUUUCGGCAUCAAUUGGGUUCCUCUGUCGGCAAUUCCCAAUCAGGUAACUGGCCGCAGUUUGGAAGUCCUCUGGAACAUAGCCCUCUGCGGAGUCUCAGUAUAUCCCCCGGUUUCAGGUCUCCCACAAUGAGCAACAAGUUUUCUGGUUUAGCUUCGAUUCUGGAUCCUCAGACCUCAAACUCUCAGCGGGCAGCCCAAAUUGGCAAAGACUUUGUGGGGAGCAGCCAAAUGGACCUUAUAUUUACCAAUGGGAACACACAACGUGGAGAUACUUUUCCACAGCCUCUUUCUUUUCCUGAACGCAGUUCAAGUCUGUUUUCUGGAACUGCAUCUUCUUUUGAUGCUUCAAGUUCAAGUGGUUCAGUUUUUGAUGCAUCAUUUGGACCUGAGUUCCUUUGGAGAAGUCCAAAGCUAUACUCUGAGCCCAGUAAGCUAACUAAUUCAAGAAAUCAAUUUAUUGGGCAUCAUUUCACAUCUAGCCAAAACCAUGGUCUCUCGUUCCCAAAUCAUGGACCAUUUUUUGGUUCAUCUCUCGGGGACCACCAUAGUUAUCAUCAUACUGGAUCUGCUCCAACUGGUUUUCCUUUUCAAAAGAAUGUUAAUCAUUAUCAAGAGCCUCCAGGGACAUUCAUGGAACCUCUUUGUGGUGUGGGUUAUAUUCAUAACAGCAGAAACUCUGUGAUGAAGUCCAGUGGUCGCGGCAGCGUUUCUGUUUCUGGAAACAUUUCUGAAAGUGGUUCUCUUGGAUUUGGUUCAAUAUCUACUCCUGGAUAUAGUCCGAUGAUUUCUGGAAAUGGUACUUUCUCUGGAGUUGAGGGUUUGGAUGAACGUGGAUGUAUCAGGCAUGUUGAAACCCCUGGGAACCAAAUGGACAAUGGCAAACACUUUCAGCUAGAUUUACUUAAAAUUGGAAGUGGUGAAGACACCAGAACAACACUGAUGAUUAAAAAUAUCCCGAACAAGUACACCUCAAAGAUGUUGAUGGCUGCUAUUGAUGAAAAUCACAGGGGCACUUAUGAUUUUUUCUAUCUGCCCAUUGAUUUCAAAAAUAAGUGUAAUGUGGGCUAUGCGUUUAUCAACAUGUUGUCCCCAUCGCACAUCGUUCCAUUGUAUAAGGCAUUUCAUGGGAAAAGAUGGGAGAAAUUUAAUAGUGGGAAAGUAGCCUCGUUAGCUUAUGCUCGAAUUCAGGGGAAGGCGUCUCUUGUUUCACACUUCCAAAAUUCAAGUUUGAUGUAUGAAGAUAAAUGCUGUAGGCCUAUUCUUCUGGACUCGAAGAGAAUAGAAUUUGCUAACCAGGAUCAUCAUCCUCCAAAAUAUAUGAACACCCAAGUUUUCUCAUCAUAUGGACCAGAACCCAGGGAGGCUCUUGAAAUCUCAGGAAAAACAGCUCUGUAUCCUAUGUUAGGGCGGAGAUAG